CCAAAAAGGAGAUGUCAAUCGAGCUCUAACACCAAACUAAACCAAAACAAAAGGGUUUUCUCUUCAGUUCUUGCAGAAAACAAAGAAAAUGGGUCACAGUGUAGAAACAGUACAGCAAGAAGUUGAACAAACUUUCACGAUGCCUGUUCUAAGUCCCUACAAAAUGGGAAAAUUUAAUCUUUCCCACAGAAUGGUAAUGCCACCAAUGACAAGGCAGAGAUCUUGGAACAAUAUUCCUCAGCCGCAUGCUGCCGUCUACUAUUCCCAGAGAGCCAGCAAGGGCGGUCUUAUUAUAAGCGAGGCUACUGUCAUUUCUGAAGCUGCUCGAGGGUACAAAGAUACACCUGGUAUAUGGUCAAAAAAGCAAGUAGAGGCAUGGAAGCCCAUAGUUGAUGCUGUCCAUGCAAAAGGUGGGAUCUUCUUCUGUCAGAUAUGGCAUGUUGGAAGGGCUUCUACAUAUGAGUAUCAACCAAAUGGGCAAUCUCCAAUCUCCUCCACCGGCAAUGUAUUGAACCCCCAAGUUCAAGCAAAUGCCGAGGAGCCUGCGAAAUUCUCUCCUCCACGGAGAUUAACCACUGAAGAGAUCCCUCAAGUUGUGAAUGAGUAUAGACUUGCUGCAAGGAAUGCCAUGGAAGCUGGUUUUGAUGGAGUUGAGAUACAUGGGGCACAUGGAUAUCUACUUGACCAGUUCAUGAAAGACCACAUUAAUGAUCGAACGGAUCAAUAUGGAGGGUCUCUUGAAAACCGCUGCAGGUUUGCCUUGGAAGUAGUUGAAGCUGUUGCUAAUGAGAUAGGAGCAGACCGAGUUGGACUCAGGCUAUCUCCGUAUGCAACCUACUUAGACUCAGGUGAUUCCAAUCCGACGGCAUUGGGCGUUUACAUGGCGGAGUCUUUGAACAGAUACCGUAUCCUAUACUGCCAUAUGGUUGAACCAAGGAUGAAACUUUCUGAAGAAAGUUUUGAAACAACUGAAAGUUUGGUUCCCAUGAGGAAGGCUUUUAAGGGUACUUUUAUUGUAGCCGGAGGGUAUGAUAAAGAAGAUGGUAAUAAAGCUGUGGCUGAAAACCGAACUGAUCUGGUGUCGUUUGGUCGUUUGUUUUUAUCAAAUCCAGAUUUGCCAAUGAGAUUUGAGCUCAAUGCGCCUCUCACCAAGCACAACCGGAGUACCUACUGCGAACCGGAUCCUGUUGUUGGCUACACCGAUUACCCAUUUCUUCAAAACACCGCUUAGGCUUGUCGAGAAUGUGGAUUUGGCAAGUAUUUAAAUAAUCAAUUUAAUGUUCAACAUUUGUAAUUUUUCUUUCUUUCUUGAGUUUUCAUGUUUUGUAGGAUUUCCUUGUAUCUUGGGUAAACAAUAUGAUACAUUUGUCUAGUAACGUGAUAACUCGUUUAUUUUUAUUACAUAAUGUAUUUUCUCU